AUGAUUCCACCCAGACGCCACAAAUCACCUACCGAUUCUUUUGAGGACGACUCCAACAGUCCAGCUUCGGUGCCAGGGUGGUCUUUCGGUGUGGAUGUGGUUCGAGACGAGGAUAUUCCGUCUGCAUGUCCUCCGGAUGUGUCGAAUUCUAUUUCGGCCCCGAUGUUGAUGUUGGAUGUUUGGUUGAGUUGUGGCGUUGUUCGUGAUUUCGCGGUUACGGUGGACGAUUUGUCGGGCAGCACGGUUGUUCUGUCGGUCGUUGUCUUUGGUUGUCCCGUGGUGGAGUUUUGCGGAUCUGGGUCGUCACAAUGGAGUGAUGGCCGAUUGUUUGGAAUUUUGCUGCAGUCGAUGUGUUGUGCUGGCGGUUGGGGUUUCGGGCUAUGUUUGGUCGGUAGCUCGGUGCCGGAUGAUGUGUGGCUUGUCGGGGCGGGGAAGGCGAUGGAUGAUUUGUCGACCAGGUUGUCGGUGCGGAUAAAAUUCAAAAGACUCCACCUGUUUUCUAGCGCGGCCAGUAUGGCAUCUCGGUUGCAUCAGUGGAUCUGUUCUGGGCGAUGCAUGUGA